AUGAAAGCAUGGAAGCAACGAUUAUUGAGGUACCCGGACAUUGUAUUAUCAUGCCAUGAAUCGAGAAAAGGUGAUAAUCUGGGAUUACUUGACCUAAGUAUGGUCCAAGAAAACUCCAUAUUUUUCCUCGAAACGUCUUGCUUGGGCGAUUUGUCAUCGCGCCUCGCGUGCUCUGUGGAGUCCGCUGCAAGAGCUAAUAGGAACCGGAAAAUAUACGUGCUAUUCUCGUCACCUGUCUCAGCUGGCGCACUGAACCCGAGAGCCAUACUGAAUACUCUACAAGAAUCCUACAGCAACUUGAAGUUUGCGCGGAUCUUAAUUAAAGAUUUCGCAAAAAAUACGUCUUUACACAGUUUUAUUAACAAGUUGGACAAAAGAGAUUUGGACCAACGUGUUUCGCGGAUCCUAAAAUUCUUGGUAUUGUACAAGUUUGGUGGCAUGUACUUGAGUUUUGACGUCAUAGUGGCGAAAAAAUUUGACCUAUGCGACAGUUGGUUUGUUAAGGACACCCCGUACACUUAUUCGGCAGACAUGUUUGCCUUUUCAAAAAGUGAAGCUGGCAAGAAACUAGCUGAAGCUGCUGUAAAUACCCAAUGGGUUUUUUCCAGGUUACUAGAAGACCCACUCAUGUCGACACCAGAAAAUUGGAGCUAUGAUACUACGUCCAUCAUUUCACAUUUAGUAGCCUUAAAUACAUUCGGAAUUAAUGCUACCUUGUGCAAAGAAUUAGGUUUCCAGGUAUACGAACCGGAUAAAUUCUACCCAUUGAAUUUUUACCAGAGAGCGGCGUACUUCUCACUCGGGGAACAAAAUAUAGCGAAGAAAAAGAACGUCUAUACUUACCACACUUUUUAUAGAUUCACUAAACACAUUAUAGUGUCACCGCUGUCAUUUUACGGGAAAAUAGCGCGCAACUAUUGUCCAAUCACGUUUAGGCAUUACAGGGAAAAUUUUGGUGUAUAGAAUAUUCGACAAAUACUGAAGAGACUGUAAUUUUUUUUUAUUUACGGUUCAUUGUGUUUCACUGGCUUCUAUUAGCGGCUUUGCCCACGUAGCUGUAGGUUCAAAAGUAGGCA